AUGCUGAAGCCGAGCGUCACUUCAGCUCCCACGGCAGACAUGGCGACAUUGACAGUGGUCCAGCCGCUUACUCUGGACAGAGAUGUUGCAAGAGCAAUCGAACUACUGGAAAAGCUACAAGAAUCUGGAGAAGUACCAGUGCACAAGCUCCAGUCUCUCAAAAAGGUGCUUCAGAGUGAGUUUUGUACAGCAAUCCGAGAGGUGUAUCAAUACAUGCAUGAAACGAUUACUGUUAAUGGCUGCCCUGAAUUCCGUGCGAGGGCCACAGCAAAGGCAACAGUCGCAGCUUUUGCAGCCAGCGAAGGCCACUCCCACCCUCGGGUAGUUGAACUGCCAAAGACAGAUGAAGGCCUGGGUUUUAAUGUUAUGGGAGGGAAGGAACAGAAUUCCCCAAUUUACAUCUCUCGCAUCAUCCCUGGAGGCGUGGCUGAAAGACAUGGAGGCCUCAAAAGGGGAGACCAGCUGCUAUCAGUGAAUGGAGUGAGUGUGGAAGGGGAGCACCAUGAGAAAGCUGUGGAACUUCUCAAGGCUGCUAAGGACAGUGUGAAGCUGGUGGUCAGAUACACCCCGAAAGUCCUGGAGGAGAUGGAGGCGCGUUUUGAAAAGCUUCGGACAGCUCGGCGUCGGCAGCAACAGCAGUUGCUCAUUCAGCAGCAGCAACAGCAGCAGCAGCAACAACCACAACAAAACCACAUGUCAUAG